AUGCAUUCUGGUCACAAGUACAAAGUGAGCAAUUGGCCAAACAACGUCUUUGCAGUGUUAAUUGCUCUUGUUCUACCACAAGCUCAUCCAGCUCCUCCUCCUGCUGGUGGAGAGAAAAAAAUUGUCAUAGUUGGACCUGGUGCAGGUCCUUGGUCUGUUGGAUCUCAGCUAGUUGCUACUUUGUGUUCGACAGGAUUUGAUUCUGAUCAGCCAGUAAUUGUCACUACUCAUACACAAGGUAGUACCACACCAAUCUUUAGCGCAGACGUAUGUAAUGCUUUAAAUCCAAUUUGUGUUCAAGUAUCGGCCCAGUCUUCAGUCUUCACAGUAACAGAGGGUGGCGAUGGACCUGCAGCACCGGAACUAGGCCUAUUAGGUACUCCUGCGAAUAAUCCUCCACCACCUGACAAACCACCUACUGCUACUCCUGCUCCACCACCUGGAAAACUUGGAAUUUGUACCCAAAUAUAA